UGGUAUUUUCACUGUUUGAAAUGCUCAAGAACGAAGGACACCGCGCAGAUGGUAUCACCUUCCUCGCACUUCUCACUGCUUGCAGUCACGCUGGUCUUGUAGAACGAGGAAAGAGGUACUUCCAGGAGAUCCUCUCUUCACAGGAGACCAAGCCUUUAGCUCAGCACUACGACUGCAUGGUCGAUCUUCUAGGCCGGGCAAAUUAUCUUGACGAAGCAGUACUGCUGGUGAAGUCCAUGCCUUAUAAGCCGAACGUGGUAACUUGGAACGCUGUCCUGGGAGCCUGUCGGAAGUGGAAAAAUGUGGAGCUUGGGAGGCUGGCAUUCAAUACACUGGUGGAGCUCAACGAGAAGCAAGCGUCCACUUAUCUCACCAUGGCAAGCAUCUACGGAAGCGUUGGUAUGUGGGAAGAGCAAGCCAAAAUCUUGUCCAUGAAGCGGCUCGCGAGGCCUUGGAAGGAGCCUGGUGUGAGCUGCUGGACGGAUCAUCAUGGUGUGGUACACAGGUUCAGAGCUGGAGAUUGCUCGCACGCUCAAAGUGAAGCUGUUGGAAUCAAGCUCAAGCAACUACUGGUUCGAAUGAAGGAAGGAGGCUAUGUUGCCCAGCUAAGCAGUAUUUCCUGUAACGUCUCGGACUGUCAGAAAGAGGAGGCUUUGUGCGAGCACAGCGAGAGGCUAGCCAUUGCUUGUGCACUCAUCAAUACCGCUCCAGGUGCAGUCAUUCGGAUCGUAAAGAACUUGAGAGUUUGUGACGACUGCCACCAAGCGACUGCUGUUAUCUCGGCGAUCGAGCGGAGACGUAUCAUCUGCAGGGACUCGAGUCGCUUCCACGUCUUUGAAGGUGGGAAGUGCAGUUGUGGGGACUUUUGGUGAUCCUUGUUAUCUACGUCCGUGGAGUAAUACGAGGAGGUGGCGAUCAAAGCCAUCGCUUUCCAAGGCAUUGAAAUUGAGGUUUGCAAGACCAAGUACAUGGUAAAGCUAGAAAGUUUCCCAGGGAAAACUAAGGGGAACAAUUUCCUUCUUCAUGAAGAGUCCGCAAGUUCUCUUGCGAGGAUUUUUUGCUGUGGAAGAUGGAUUUCAAGGCGUAAGCUGUUUGUAUCUUUUAUUUUCUAAUUUUUGUUCACAGUUUAUCGCUCAGCUUUCCAAAAAGUUGUUAAGUUCAAUCCAGAGCGUAGCUUAUGGUUCUUUGCAGGUGAUGGCGUUCGUCCACUCCACUAGCUGCAAAUGCUACGCAUGAUGGAAGCAUUACCGGAGAUAAGGUACACGGACGAUCUUCCAUAGUACGUAAGCUCUCCCGCACCGUGGCUGCUCUCGAGGGAUGUCUUUCUGGGGAAUUCUCCCCAGGCUAUCCUGAGAGACCCUUCCAUGUACUCUGCCGCGGCCUGUCCGAGUUUUUGGUACGCAAAAGCGCGGCUUAUUUUUUUCA